AGCUAGGUAAUAUAAGUUCUUCAGUCGUGCGAUCACUUUUAAACCAAAAUGAUAACAUAUCUAGUGAUCAAUAUUUAUUUAAGUGUUUGUUUAUGUGAGCUAAACGUGGUAUACCAGUGGGACAAAAUAGAUUUGUCAAAUCAUGAAAAUCGCCAAGAUACGGAACAUUCCUAUAUUCCAGAAAACAAUCUUGUGCACAGAAUGAAAAUUUGGAACAACACGUUGUACAUGUCCAUACCCAGGUUUAAGCCAGGGGUGCCUGCCACAUUGUGCAAAAGUUACAGAGGUACUAUACAACCAUUUCCGACGAUAAAUAUUCAGAUUGUAGGAAACUGUAUUGGGAUGCAAAACGUCAAGGACAUCGAAAUAGAUCAUUUAGGUCACUUGUGGGUGUUGGACGUGGGCAUGGUUUACGAUCUAGAAAAACCUAAUUACACUUGCAAUCCAAAAUUGCUUAUACUGGACAUCGGUACGGGCAGAAUAAUACGAUCGGCGGUGAUACCGAGCAGUAUGUAUACAAUCCAAAGCGUACUCAGUGGUAUUUCGAUUGACUUGAAAUCACUCACCGCUGUAAUAGCUGAUAUAGGUCCAAAUUCUGGGUUUAUUGUUUAUAACUAUGAUCUUGGAUAUUUUCAAAAAUUUCACUGUAAAAUAUUGUCCAGCGUUAAGGAUUACAACGAAGCAAUUUUAACGAUAUCUCCGAUCGAUAAUAUGUUGUACUUCACCACCAUAGAAAUGGACAGUCUAUUCACAAUUCCGUUGAGCGUAUUCAAUGCGCCGUUCCUCAAUGACAUAAGUCAUUACGUUAACAACCAUGGACUGAAAACAGACGUAUCGACUGCUAUGAUCAUGGAUACGACUGGGAACCUGUAUUUAGGCAUGACCAGGAAAGUAAUCGCCUGGAACACAUUAAAAAACAAUUUCGACGUCAAAGAUUUGUACAUACAAGAAGUGAGACUUGAUUGGAUUUCAAGUUUUGCGUUUGAUUCAAACGGAUAUUUGUGGAUCAUCUCUUCAGCAUUCAGUGAUUUCUUAGAUGGAUCAAGUUCGAAAAGGAUGAAUAUUAGAAUAUUUAAAAGGUUUUGUGGUACAACAGCCUUCGCACUUCAAAAUGUACAAAUGUCUGUAAACGACACUCUCCCCAUUAACCAUAACUCUGUCGAUACCAAAACUGCUUCUUCUAUUUGUAUUUUAACUUUAAUUAUAUUAUUGCAAAUUGUAUUGUAAAAAUGUAACACACCAAAAACAGAUUUAUAAAUAUAACAACUAUAUAGGAUAAUCAUAAGUACGAGUUGUAAAGUGUUAUGUAAAAUGUUAAAGUGGCGUUAUUAUCGACUGUUAAAUAAAUGUAUAAUAAUUUAAAUUCA